AUUUAAAAACCAACUUAACAUCAUCCAAUUCUUCGAUUGAUACUUCAACAGAUAUCAAUAACAACAAUAUCGAUCCGAAAUUUUUAUUGUCGUCAAAUUUCGAAUCAAAUUAUUUUUUUACGGAUCUACAAGAUGAACGUGCUAAUCAUCAAAGUAUGAUUAAUGAUUGGAUGUUACCCAUUUCUCUAUACCCAUCCUCACCUAUCAAUACAUACAAAAUAUUAGCAAUACAAACAUCUUACCGACUUCAACUUGCUCCGAUGUAUCCCUACAAUACCCGGAAGUAUUUCUAUCGCGCAUCCUUUAGAUGGUUCGCUAUCCCUAUUAUCGCAUCUCAACGAAUCCCGAAUCCUACGGCAAGGAAUCGUCAUGAAU